AUGGCCACCUCGGUAGCGCCUUCCGAAGACCAGAGCCGUCUCCUGGAGGAGGCACUGGGGGUGGUGCGCCAGCAAUCGGGCAUGAUGCGGAAAUGCCUGGAGGCCCCGGGGAAACUCAUGGAUGCGCUCAAAUGCGGGUCGACAUUGGUCUCUGAGCUUCGAACGCCCAGUUUAGGCCCCAAGCAGUACUACGAACUGUACAUGGCCGUCUUCGAUGCUUUGCGCCACCUCUCCGUCUACCUGAAAGAGAACCACCCGGUCAACCAUCUCGCCGAUCUGUACGAAUUGGUUCAAUAUGCUGGAAACAUUAUCCCCCGACUCUACCUCAUGAUCACGGUGGGCACGGUGUAUAUGUCCGUGGAGGAUGCACCAGUUAAGGAGAUCAUGAAGGAUAUGAUGGAAAUGAGUCGAGGUGUACAACAUCCGAUCCGUGGGCUUUUUCUGCGGUACUACCUCUCCGGUCAGGCGAGGGACUACCUACCGUCGGGAACCGGGGACGGCCCUGAGGGAAACCUACAGGAUUCGAUCAACUUUGUCCUGACCAAUUUCGUGGAAAUGAAUAAGCUAUGGGUUAGGCUUCAACACCAGGGACCUUCGCGGGAGCGCGAGAAGAGGAUGCAAGAGCGCCGAGAGCUGGAGCUGCUGGUUGGUAGCAACGUUGUUCGCCUUAGCCAGCUGGUGGACCUGGAAACCUACAAGUCGGGAAUUCUGCAGGCGCUCUUGGAGCAGGUUGUUCAAUGUCGGGAUGUUUUGGCGCAGGAAUAUCUACUUGAAGUUAUUACGAAAGUGUUCCCGGAUGAGUUCCAUCUUCAUACGCUCGAUUUUUUGCUUUCAGCCAUUGCGCGCCUGAACCCCCAUGUCGAUUUAAAGAAGAUCAUUAUAGGACUUAUGGAUCGCUUAUCGUCAUAUGCAGCCCGUGAGGGUGAGACGUCUACCGACCCGGAUACAAAGAAGCAAAAAGAAGAGGAUGCCGUUACAAAGCUCCUUGAGAACCUCAAGGUGUCCGAAGAAACCAAGGAAAAACCGAAGGAGGAUGCUCCAGCAGCAGCUACUCAGGAGAACGGCGUUGAGCAGACACAGAAUGAGACAGAAGAGGGUGCCCAAUCGACCGAAGAACCAGCAACCAACGGGGGCGACGACCACAAGAAGCCUAGUGAGCCUCAAGAUGUUAAGCUGUAUGACAUCUUCUAUGAACAGGUGGUCAGCAUUAUCAAGUCACGCGGCCUUCCCAUUCAAGAUACUAUGGCGCUACUCGUUUCACUCGUCAACCUUGCACUCAACACGUACCCUGAGCAGCUGGAAUAUGUCGAUCAAGUUCUUCACUUUGCUGCUAAAGAAACGGCCGAAUAUGUUGACCACGCAGAUCUACACGCCGCACCGACUCAACAAAAUAUCCUACACCUUCUUAAUGCUCCGCUCCGCUCAUACGUUUCGAUUUUCACAGCCUUGGCCCUACCUCAUUACCUCCCUCUCUUGUCAUCCCAGCCCUACCCUACACGACGGUCUGUCGCGGGCGAGAUCUCCCGGAGCCUCCUCAGGAAUCAUACACUAAUCACCACUACUGAGAACCUGGACCGCGUAUUACAGGCUCUCAAGGUAUUAAUAAAGGAAGGCGUACAGCAAGGCGGAGGCUACCCUGGAUCACAGCGAAGAGGCGAAUCAGACGAGACAAUCGAGGAACAAGGAUGGUUGGCAAGAAUAGUCCACUUGCUGCAGGCGCCAGACAACGACACUCAGCUCAAGCUCCUUCAAGCCACCCGCAAAUCAUACCUAGACGGCAACGAGAGGAUCCGAUACACAUUCCCUGCCAUCAUUAGCUCCUCAAUCCGUCUGGCACGGAAACUCAAAUCUCGCGAGCACUACGAUGACAACUGGCAGUCGCAAUCAUCCACACUCUACCGAUUCAUGCACCAAUGCGUCAACAACUUGUAUCAGCGCGUCAACCCCGGGUGUGCUGAUCUAGCGUUGCGCCUCUUCGUAAUGUGUGGUGAGGUAGCCGAUCAGACUGGCUUUGAAGAAUUCAGCUACGAAUUCUUCGCCCAAGCCUUUACCAUCUACGAAGAUUCGAUUAGCGACUCCCGAGCUCAGUUCCAAGCCGUCUGCAUCAUUGCCGGGGCUCUCCAUGGUAGCAGGGGCUUCUCUAGAGAAAACUACGAUACUCUUAUCACUAAGGCUGCCCUUCACGGUAGCAAGCUUCUUAAGAAACCUGACCAAUGUCGCGCGGUAUACCUAGCUAGCCACCUCUGGUGGGUUAUCGAGAACCCACAAAGAGGUGAAGAAGACCCCAAGGAUCUUUACCGCGACGGCAAGCGUGUCCUCGAAUGCCUUCAACGCGCCCUCCGCGUGGCAGACGCUUGCAUGGACACCGCUGUUUCUGUGGAGCUUUUCGUCGAAAUCCUCAACCGCUACGUAUACUACUUUGACCAGCAAAACGAAAGUGUGACAAUCAAGUACCUAAACGGCCUGAUCGAGCUCAUCCACUCAAAUCUCCAGACAGACCAGGACGAUCCCAACCCUGCGCUCGAGAAUCCCAAGAAACAUUUCUAUCGUACGCUGGAUUAUAUCCGCACGAGGGAUUUUGAGGGGGUUGUUACGGAAGCGAGGUCCUAG